AUGGGCCAACCAAAUGCGCUGAGAGUGGCCAUUCUCAAAAACCUGCCGAAACAAGCAAAAGGUUCCAGUGAAGUGGUCCUUUCGAUAACGAAUCUUGUGAAGAAAUCACUGCCAGAUGCCCGUAUUGAGAAUUUCAACCCCAUUGAUGGUGGAGAUUUUCCAGAGGCGCAGAACUUCGAUCUCAUAAUUCUCACUGGGGGACUGUCCGACCUCACAAUCCCAGAGGAGAGCAUGGACGGAUGGAUUCAAGAUACGAUCAGGUUUAUUCGAAGAACGACGGCAACGUAUCCGCACGUCAAAAUGCUUGGUAUAUGUUGGGGUCACCAAAUUAUCUGCCAUGCUUUUGGGGGGAGAAUUGGAACAAGACAAGAAGGGCCAUUAGUUGGAAUUGACACCAUACAUCUAAAUUCAACGGGCAAAAAGUUCUUAAGUACCGUUACUGACUCCUGGAGAAUGUAUAAAUUCCACAAAAGAGUUGUUCGAACGCCUCCUGCAAAUUUGGUCGAGCUAUCACCAAAACAUGAAAUAUUCGUGUCUAGGGACGAGCAAAUUUUGACAUUACAGGCGCACCCAGAAAUGACUGCAUCUAUCAUAGAGGAUCUCCUCAAGACUUCAGAUGUUCACGGAUCCUACUUUAGCGGGAAGAGUGCAGAUCAAAUCGGGGUUCUUCUGGAGGAGACAGGAAAGGAUCAAGAUGGACGGGAUGUGUGGGACAAAAUAAUGUGCUGGGCAACUUCCCACAAAUAA